UUCCAACCCUUUUCUGGUUGUCUAAAUCUUCCAGGGUGUGGCAAAAUUGGCGCUGACAUGCCGCAAGAAUCUGCAAUGGUGAGUGUUGCUUUUGCAUGCCUGUUGCUGUGGAUCAAUAGCUGCAUUGUUGAGGCGCAACAAGAGAGCUGGACAUAUCAGUUUGGAACCAGCGUGACCGAACAUGUCAAUGCAGUUGAGACUCUUGGGGAUGACAUCGUAGUUGCUGGCUUUACCUUUGGCAGCUUAGAUGGAAACUCAAAUGCUGGCAGUUUCGACAUAUUUGUGAUGAAACUCGACAGUUCAGGUUCCAAGAAUUGGACGUUUCAAACUGGAACCACUGCUGGUGACAAUGCGCGGGCUGUUCAGAUUGAGUCCAGCACAGGCAAUAUUCUUGUAGUUGGCUCUACCCUUGGAGACCUAAAUGCCGUGAAUGCUGGCAGCUAUGACAUGUUUGUGAUGAAAAUCGACAGUGUCGGCAGCCAUAUGUGGACGAUGCAAACAGGAACUAGCAGUGAUGAAGAUCUAUAUGCUGUUCAGAUUGAUUCGUCAGGAAAUAUUAUCGCUGGAGGAUUCACAUGGGGAUCAUUCCCUGAUUUCUCGAAUGCUGGGAAUAGUCGAGACAUUCUCGUCCUCCAGCUUGACAGUUCGGGGUCAACGCAGUGGACCUUCCAGACGGGAAGCACUUCGGACGAAAUUCUAUGGGACCUCAAGUUGGAUGCUUCCGACGACAUUGUCUUGGCAGGUUGGACGGAUGGCCAACUUGACAGCUACUCGAAUGCUGGCCAAUCCGACAUUUAUGUGAUGAAACUCAACAAUUCAGGGUCUUCCCAGUGGAUUUUCCAAACGGGUAGCACUGGUAAUGACCAGGGCGGUCACCUCGGGAUUGAUUCUUCUGGAAACAUCCUGGUGGGAGGCUGGACAGAUGUAGAUCUAGGGAACAUCAACCAAGGUGGCACGGACAUUUUUGUGAUGCAGUUGAACAGUGCAGGCACACAGCAGUGGACCUUCCAGACUGGCACUGAAGGCGACGACUACAUCAGGGGACUUGCAAUCGGAACUUUCAACAUCAUUCUGGGUGGAACCACCACAAGUGCCUGGCAUGGAAGCUGCAACAGAGGAGGGGAAGACCUUUUCAUCAUGGAACUGGACAGUGACGGUUCAUCCGUGCAAAAAAUCUUUCAGACCGGCAGCAGUUCGGCGGAUAUGUUGCAAGGACGCCUUGUGUUGGACGCUGACGAGGCCGUCAUUUUGGCCGGCUACACCAGUGGAGGCCUGGGUGGCAGCAAUGCAGGAGAAGUGGAUGCCUAUCUCAUGAAGGUUCAGCAACUGAGCUGGACCUUUCAGACUGGGACCAGUGGUGCUGAUGGCGUCAAUGCUCUUCAAAUCGAUUCUUCUGGCAACAUCUUCCUCACAGGUGAAACUAAUGGUGCGCUGGAUGGCUCUGGUAGCGCUGGUGACUCCGACCUUUUUGUCAUGAAGCUGGACAGCACGGGGUCGCGUCAGUGGACUUAUCAGACAGGAAGCACUGCUCAGGACACUGCUGAGGCAAUUCAUCUUGCAGCCAGCGGCAGCAUCUUUGUAGCUGGAUGGACAGCAGGCGACCUCAGUGGAGCUUCUGCUGGAAGUUUUGACAUCUUUGUCAUGAAACUGGAUGACACGGGCUCUCAGCAGUGGACCUACCAGACUGGCACCGCAUCGGCAGACUAUGCCUUUGCUGUUGAGACCGAUGCUUCUGGCAACAUUUUGCUGGCAGGCUCUACCGAUGGAUCCAUGCAAGGGUCGAGUGCUGGUGAUACUGACAUUUUUGUGAUGCAGCUGGACAGUGCGGGGUCACAUCAAUGGACUGUUCAAAUUGGCAGCAGCGGGAAGGAUGUCGCAACGGCACUCCGCAUUGAUGCUUCUGGGGACCUGGGUUUAGCAGGCUACACUACCGGUGACCUUGGGAAUACAAAUGCUGGAUCCAAGGACAUCUUUGCAAUGAAACUCAGCGGUGCAGGGUCGCAGCUGUGGACCUUUCAAAGGGGCAGCAGCGCAGAUGACAGUGCAACAGCCUUGGAAAUCGAUUCCUAUGGAGAUUUGGUCCUGGCAGGUUGGACUGCUGGUAGCUUGGAUGGCAACAGCAAUGCUGGCUCAGUGGAUCUCUUUGCCAUGAAAGUGGAUGCCCAAGGGUCCUGGGAGUGGACCUUUCAGACUGGAACUGCAAGGGAGGAGUGGGCUGGAAGUCUUCAGAUCAUACCUUCAGGCCGCAUUCUUUUAGCAGGUUCCAUCAAGAAUGGGUUGGGAGGCAGCGAAGACAUCUUGGCAGUGGAGCUUGACAGCACAGGGUCACUUCAAUGGAAAUUCGUUGCGGGGACCACUGCUGGAGAUAUUGCACACGCUGUGCAAUUGGAUGCGUCGAACAACGUCAUCUUGGCGGGUACCACAGGCGGUGGAUUAAACGGCAACGCCCAUGCUGGCAGCGACGAUAUUUUCGUGAUGAAGGUGCUGCGAGUUCCGGAUCCUGCACCAUCUACCAGUGGUCAGGUGUCCUGGACCUUUCAGACUGGAACUUCUGUUGACGAUGUCCUUCUUGGUGCGGUCCUGGACUCCUGUGGGAAUGUGAUUCUGGCAGGAAAUACCAUGGGAAGUUUUUCGGGCUCCAAUGCUGGCUAUGGGGACGUCUUUACUAUGAAACUGAGUGAAGAUGGGAGUCAGCUGUGGGCUUAUCAAACAGGAAGCGACGGGAAUGACCAGGUGUAUGGGCUGGCUGUCGAUAGCUUCAACAGCAUUGUCCUCACGGGCGCUACUUCCGGGAGCCUGAACGGGCAGAGCCACAGCGGCCAGACGGACAUCUUCGUGAUGAAAAUUGACCGUUUCAAAACUUUGCAGUGGACCUACCAGACUGGGACGGGUACCCAGCAGGAAGGCACUGGAGUUCAGGUGGAUCUUUGGGGUAACAUUUUUGUGGCUGGCUGGACGGCAGGUGAUUUACACAGCCAGGUGAGUGCUGGGGAGGUGGACGCCUUUGUGAUGAAACUCAGCUCCGACGGGGUCAAUCAAUGGACGGUACUUUCCGGAGGACCUGAUUAUGACUUCGCUUGGAACUUGGCAAUGGAUGCUUCAGGGAACAUUGUGGUGGUGGGCGAAAGCUAUGGCUCCUUUCAAGGCAAUUAUCAUGCUGGCGGCUCAGACUUGUUUGUUUGGAAGCUGAAUCACGCAGGGAGUGAUCAGUGGUCUUUCCAAGCAGGAACCGGCGGAUCUGAGUCGUUCAGCGGCAUGGACAUUGACAGUGCUGGCAACAUCGUUGUGACGGGUAUGACGGGUGGAGUUAUGGGUGCCAGCAGUACAGGAAAUUAUGACGUGGUAGUCCUGAUGCUUGACAGUUCGGGGGUUCAGCAAUGGAUCUUUCAGACAGGCAGCAGCACAGGUAGUAGUGCAGGCAGGGCAGCUGUUUGGGAUCCCUAUGGUAGGAUCUUUGUGAUGGCCACUGCAUGGGGCAGUUUCGCUGGUGGUGUCGCGAUUGGCGACAAGGAUGUGGCUUUGCUGAAGCUUGAUGCUACUGGCAAUCAGGAGUGGGUGAGCCAACUCGGCACUAGCACCAGGGAGGAGUGCGUGGUUCAACUUUCUCUCGGAGCAGCUGGCAACAUUCUGGUUGCAGGGUCGACGACUGAGGUCAUAACUGGCUCCAAUGCAGGAGGGGAGGAUAUCUUUGCCAUGAUGGUACUCACGCCCACAACUACCACCAGCACAAGCUUGACACUCACAACAUCCAGCGUAUCCAGCAUCACCACCACCACCGCUACACUCAGCAGCACUUCAAGGUCUAAGACGUCGACAACAAGCACAUCCAGCACUUCCUGCACAACCACAACCAGCACGACCAGCACAUCUACUUCUACUUCGAGCAGUAGUACAAGCACAUCCAGCACUUCCCGCACGACCAGCACAUCUACUUCUACUUCGAGCAGUAGUACAAGCACAUCCAGCACUUCCCGCACGACCAGCACAUCUACUUCUACUUCGAGCAGUAGUACAGGCACAUCCAGCACUUCCUUCACAACCACAACCACCAUCACCAACACAUCUACUUCUACUUCGAGCAGUAGUACAGGCACAUCCAGCACUUCGUUCACAACUACGUCCCGCACGAUCAGCACAUCUACUUCGAGCAGUAGCACAGGCACAUCCACUUCGAGCAGUAGUACAGGCACAUCCAGCACUUCGUUCACAACUACGUCCCGCACGAUCAGCACAUCUACUUCGAGCAGUAGUGCAGGCACAUCCAGCACGUCGAGCACAUUGAGCACCGCUUCCGGCAGUGGUACGACCAGCAGUGGUACGAGCAAGUUUGGCACAACCAGCAGGGCUACUUUGAGCGGUCUUUCAACGUCAAUGUCAGAGACAGUGUCUUGGACCUCUUCAAGCACUUCAAAAAACUCUGUGGAGGCAGGAUCCGUUGCCGACACAUUGAGGCAGCUGGAGCAAAGCACAGAGGCCCUGCUUCGCCAAUUGUCUGACACAAACGGCACAGGCCAAAACAUCCUCCUUGUCAGUGAGACAUCCAUUGGCAAAGUGUCAGUGAUGAGGUUGCAGGAGCCGAACAGUUCCGUUGAUGGCGAGUAUGUACAGUUGGUUGAUGAGACAUCCGGCGCAGUGCUUCCUCUUGAGGUUUUGCAGAACGAUGAGGUGUUGGUGGCGACCUUGUUUUCUGAGAACCAGAACGCCAUCAUUUUCCAAGGUACAAGUCGCACCUUGUUGAAGCCAGUGACUGGAGUGGUGGAUGUCUCCAUUUACGAUUUGGACAACUUGACAGCGAAAAAAGUAGUCUCCACUAGGCCCAUCUAUGUGAAGCUGGGGCCUCUGACUGAACCUUUUGACGCCACCAGAUGGACAUGCGCAUACUUAGAUGGUGACACCUGGUCCACUGACGGAGUGCGCCUGGUGACAGCGGAGGAAUUGGAGGCAUUGAACCUGUCGGCUUCAGGGGCAUGGUGUGUCUCUUAUCAUCUUUCCAUCUUUGCUGGCUUCCUGGAUUUGCUUUUGGCUUGCACAAACAUCAAUGUCUUAUCGGAGGAAAACUUGCAAGAGAUUCUGAAGCCUCGCUGGUGGUCAAGGCCCCCGGCCUUAUUUCUUUGGCCUUCGAUGGCUCUGUUGCUGGCUCUGAUCGUUUUGGGCAUCUUCCUUGACGCGUCGGUGCGCCGUUCCGGGCUCUGGAAGGACGAGUACUUCCUGACCGAGGUGCCACCGGUGCGUGGCAGCUGUGGCAGCUGUGGCAGCUGCACCGCUGGGCACAGCGAUGCGUCGGAGGCUCCGAAGAAACCGAGCGCUUCGACCGUUCCAGCCCUGCAUCACGAGUCCAGUGUGGCGAGCCUGGCGCAGUUUCACCAGACAGACUUGGCGCGGAUCCAGAAGAAGCUGCACAGGGUGAUGAACCCAGCGAUUUCCAGCAGAAUUCAGGAUGACAGUAUUUGGCGAAAUACCUUGAGAUAUGUGGCGCUGCAGCACAAGCUACACAUAGAAUCUCUUGAAAUGCAUGUUUGGGGGAGGAAUGGUUGGGUGCAGGGCAGUCUGGCUGUGGAGAAGUCGCCGGUGCUCAAGUCUUUGGUCAUGAGACUGGAAGGAGACCUACCAGAGGCCUUUGUUUUGAUGCACAGCUCGCGGCUUCACCGAGUGUGCUCCACCUUUUUAGCAGCUCACCCUGCUUACACCUUGCUUCACUGUAAUUUACACGUCACUGCCGCCAAGCGAGGCAAAAUCUUCAUGGACUGCAUCCUAGGCUCUUUGGCGUUCGUUGCGAUCUUCUUCUCGGUGGAUGGAUCUGCAGUGGCUGCCCGCAGCCCAGCAGACUGCCCCGUCCAACAAGGCACCUUUCUAUGGUACACAUUUGUCACACUCUUCUCCAUUCUGUUGAAUUUCAUCCCACGCAGUUUGUUGUUCCACUUAGCCUGGAGAGACUUUGAACAACGCGACAGAGCUCAUCGCCGGAGGCAGCUGCGCAAGCGACUCUGGUGGGAUAUUCAGUUUUGGGCUGUGGCUAUUGGCCUUUCCUGCCUUCAUGUGCUGGUGAUAACAGCCUUUCUAGCAAAUCUGGGUGAAGCUGAUGAGUGGAAAUGGAUGCUAUCAUUCACCGUGGUAUUUCUUCGAAAGUUGAUCAUUGUGCCGCUGGUUUCCUGCAUUUUUUCAGGCCUGGUGUCGGAAGUCACUGCUUUCGCCCAACCAGCACUGCUCUCAGAUCCUCCCAGGAAGUUCGGCCUCGAUUUGAGUCUGCGCUCCAGUUCGACUUCGAAUCUCGGAAGUGCCGGAAGUGCAGAGUCCCUGGAGUCUCUGGAGCCGGGUGUAUCAACGACCUGGGAGAACAAGGUCAAGGAGUUGGCACAGCGUGGCAUCACCGUGAGGCAAUUGUUGGGUUUCUAUGCCGACCUGGAGCAACAGAUGUCACAUUUUGAUCCAGACCAGUCGACCACUCAUGAUGUUGUGCGCCAAGUCGUGAUCCCUGGCUCCUUGCAGAUGAGAGGCUCCAGGCACUAUGAAAUCGUUGUCCAAUGUGAGCACUUUGAGCCGUUGACAGCGAUCUGCUCAGUUCGUGCCGUGAAUGGUUCCUGCACCAAGCCAUGGAAGGGUGGCGAUUCAGUUCGGCCAAAGGAGCCGUCCUGGGAAGCUGUUUUCCUCCUUCAAGAUAUCAACCAAGAAGCGAUCCGCAUUAGUCUAGAGUUGGAACAGACAGUCUGCGAAGCAGUCUUGCCGAAUUCCAGCUUCCAGAAUGGUUUUGAAGGAGACAUCCAACUUGGUGCGACAUCUCUUCACGUCCGCAUUGUCCGCAUUCAUUCCCUAGAAGACCUCCAAGACGCGGAGGCCGUUGCUAAGACCGUUAGCCAUGCCUCAUCGCAUGGCUCGCAGAGUUUGGCAGCAGGCGCAUUCCACAAAGCUAUGAAUGAAAGCUCCUCUGUGCAGAUUCUUCUGAAGAAGCCCUUUGAGAUUGCAUCUCGAGCGUAUUUCAAGCUACCCGAUGUGCCUGGUGGAGAGCCCGCCAGAGGCUAUGCCGGCCGUGGUUUUGCCUACGCAACUGCUGUGAACCGUGGCGUCCCGAUGUCGGCGUACAAAAUGGUGACACACAAUUGGGGCAACAAGUUUACUCACUUGAUUGGAGCCAUUUUUGCAGAUGCUCUGCAAGAAGAGACAUAUGAUGGUGUGGUGACUCUCCUGAAGAACAAGGACUUUGACAGAUUACACCAACAGCUGGAUGAGAGGAAUCAACUAAGUGUCCCUUACUGGGUCUGUGCCUUCUCUGUCAACCAACAUGCAGGAAUUUGUGCCAGAGCACCUACGGCAGAUUCAACAGGUCAUCCCAUCACCACCUGUUCAUGCAAAACCCAGAAGCACUUUGAAGGCGAUUUCAGUGAAAUGAACAAGUUCGAUGACAUGAUGAACUAUUUGAAGCGGCAACUGCGUGAAGUCUAUUCCGAGGUGAGAUUGGAGCAGGUUGUUGCGAUGGAUGUGAACUUUACCCUCCUGACGCGCGUUUGGUGCGUUGCAGAAUUGGUUGAAGCGGAUCAUUUGCACAUCUCCCAGGCGGUGAAGAUUCACUCGGGAGCCUCCAGAGACGUUUGCCUUGGACGCUUGGCGUCCUCCGAUGUGCGAAAGGCAGAAGCGUCCUUUCCGGCAGACAAGGAGUUGGUUUUGGGCAAGAUCGAGGAUGUGGAGGCAUUCAAUAAGCGCCUGCAAGAUUUGAUGCUGCACCGUUUGGAUUCGUUCCUAGGGAAACAUUCUGCAACCGCUUCGACGCUCUGUGAUGAAAUUCUUGGAGCAGCUCUGACAGUAGCAAUGUGAGGAGUUCACGCCUGGUGGGAGAGUGGGAGAUCCAUGUCAUUUUGCC